AUGUAUUCUGAUCAGAAAAACCCCCAGCAGCGAUCUUUAGUUGCGCCAGCACUGUUGUAUGGGGACAAUCAUCUCCACCAGCAACCUCCUCCAACUUAUGAAGAACACGAUACCAUGUCCCACAUCUCGCAACAGACCACGUCUUCAUCCCGGCCUAUUGUCCUUCCUUCAUCCUCAAUCGGAGGUGGCCUGGAAGCUACGCCCCCUUUCAUUAGGGCAUACCCUCCUGUCCUUGACUCGUAUGGCAUCUCCUCAUCCGAGUUCAUGGCUAUCGUUGAUGCUCUCAACAUUGCCCUUGCUGAGCCCGCACCUCUCAAGGCCAUUCAAAUUGCCGGCAAUGGUCUAGGUUUCGUGCCUGAUCCCGUUUGUCAAGGAGUUUCCUUGGGCCUCGGUCUGGCUGCUGGUACCGCCACAGCCGCCACAGCAUACAUCAGACCUAAGAGGGUCCUGGAAAGAGUGAACCGCGAAACAUUUGCUCCGAAGGGCUUGAAGAUUGAGAUUGUGAAGGAUGAAGAGGUUAUGCGACGACUCAAGGCCACAGCCAGAAGCCUUGAGCCGUUGCAAAGGCUUCAAGAGAUCGCUCAUCGCGUCGAGGCCUUGUCGUUCGAUGUUGAGCCUCCAGUCAAAUGCAACAACGUGAUAGAUCGUGUCAGCGCAAAGCAAGCCGCGAUGAAACAGGCCAAGAAAGAAGAGAGAAAGCAGAAGAAAGCGGACAAGCGAAACCAUAAACGCGAAAAGGCAGCUGAGAAGUACAACUACCCAAUCGAGUCUAUCGAAGAGCGGUACGACUCGGAUACAGAAAUUCGCAUUGAGAAUGAGGCCAAGAUUGUGGGAUUGGAGGAUAAGAUCGCGGAAAUAAAUGCAAAGGCGGAUGCGAAGUUGCAGGUGGCGAGCGACAAAAAGGUUCGCGAGAUUGAGAAAAGACGGGCGAAGGACCUGAAGGAAGUGGAAAAGGAUCGAGUGAGGCUACUGGAGAAGCAAUACAAGGCUAUAGCUAAGUCGCAGAAGAAGUCAGGGGAGAGAGAAGGGAAGGAUGAGAAGAAGGUAGCCAAGCUGGAAUGGCUCAUGAUCCUGGCCCUCUGA